UAAGACAACUGAGAUUGGUUCUGUUGAUCAAGUGUUAAUAAACAACAAAGUGGCUCUAGACAACUCACAGCUGAUCUCAAACAACUCCUCCACUACCAGAAACAUACACAUCCACUCCUACAAGAUUCCAUACUGCCAUACACAAUAUCGUCAAAAGUCCUUUGGGGCACCUGCACUUUACCGAACAUGCCGCUACCUAAAGGCACACGGACGGCACAUAUACAGGCCAGUCAUGGCCCAGACAGCAAUAUGAUGAAAUUCUACAUAACACAAAAUUCUUCUACAUAUGGAAAACAUUUUGCGAACUUUAAACCAAGGCCAGGUCGUCAUUCAGGAACUGGCUACCUAUCAAAUUUCCGACCAGGUGUAUAUUACAAUAACAGAUUAGACCAGCAGGACAAUCCAGCUUUAGCACGUAUAUGUACACAGAAUUACCGUAGCGUAACCAGUAUAGAUUUCCAAUCCUACAAGGAACAUCAAGGCAAUGAACCUUUGCCGUUUAACACUCACCAAGUAGGAUCUGGAUUUGUCCGACAAAAACCAAUUACAUUUCCCCUUGAAAGUGAGGCAAAGGGUGUGUUCAUUGAUACAAGGGCUGCAUCAGCCCCUGCCAAUAUAUUACCAAAGUCUAAACCCCUGCUGCACUCUCUCAGAGCCAAAGAUCCAGUAGAACUUGAGAACAGUGGUUAUGGUCCGAAGUACAUGUUAUCAGAGACAAAACAGAGGUUUCUGGGACCCCAGCCUGAGAGAAAUGGUGUAAGCUAUUACCAUGUGGACACGUCAGGGAAGACAGUUGGACCUAAAGAAUAUUCAGGCUAUGUUCAUGCUUAUAAUGAUGAACCAAUAACAUUUAUCCCUGGAAACCCACACAACAAUGAAAGACCAGGAUGGGCCACAAUGAGACCGACUGGUCCCAGCAUCAUGAAAACUAGUUUCCAACCUUCUUCAUAUCCAAAGGGUGAUGAACCAUUCUCGACAGUAUCCCAUGGCUCUGAUCGUGGGUCUGGUUUCGUACGGGAGAAAUCAAAGCCAUUGUAUGUACAUAGAGUGAUGGGGGAUGCUUAUGACAAAGCGGGAGAUGUACCACAGCUACGUCUCGAAAGAACACAGAAAAAAGAUCCAACAGAAUACUUCAAUAUGCAACACCCUAACAAUCAUUCUAGUAUUAUAAUGGACACGUACAAGGGUCAGCAGCGACCCACAGAGACAGAGUGUGACCGUUUAGGUCGUACAGCCUCCGGAAGCCAGGAAUUGUCAGGAUACAGUGAGAACAAUGACAGAUUUGUAGCCACUGACGACAACCCUAAACGAUUUGUUACACACUAUAUGACCAGAUUUAGAGAUCGCACAGAGGUAGGUGUGGAUCGUGAAGGACAUUGCCGCGGAGGUUUACAGGAUCAGAAACCAGACGGCUUUACAAAGAGCACAUCUGUUCAUUCUUAUGGACCAGAAAUACAGUCAACAGAAACUCUUAGAAGACUUCAUCCAUAUGUAGCAAGGAGUUUACAAGCAAGGGACGUGUUUUUCGAUGACCAUACGUAUGACAGCAAAUUACACAGUUCCCAGCAGCAGCCAGUAGCCGCCAUGUCAUAGAGACCUCAGGAGCCUGUGUGUCCGUCCAUUUUAGUGUCAAUAUAUAUAACAGUAUUUUCAUUUUGUAAAUAGUGGAAACAUUGAUAAAGUAUUAUUAUUAGUGUUUAAAAAUAAAAUCAGUUAAUGAAUUUUA